AAAUUUGAUUUUCUCUUUUACAAGUUAAUAUUAUUGUAUUUCAAUUAUAUUUUAUAUUUCAGGUACUAGCAUUGCCUCAUAUACCGGCUGAAAGGGGUCAUCCGGGGUGCCCUAAUUUUUGUAUGGAAGAUGGAUUAAAUACGAUUGUUAAUUAUACCUUACAAUUUCCCGAAAUUAAUGAGGUUAUGAAUUGUUUCCUGAUGGACUACAUUUACCAUUAUUGGUUUUUGCAAAUUGGUCCACGAUUUUUAAGUGUUUUUGGUCAAGAUCACCUGACCAACAAUUACUUAGAAUCCUUCCAUGCAACGUUGCUCACUCAAAUUGGACGCCACCCUAAUAUUUGGGACUUUCUUCAAAGACUGACUAUUGUGGAAAAUCAGUUCUUUGUAGAAUUUCAACAAAGCAUCAAUAAUCUCAUGAUCAGAGAUGGCACUUCUAGAUCUGAAAGAGAAAAUCCAACAAGGGUUAUUGCAGAAUCUGUACAGCAACUAAACAGAGACGGUGAUCUAUUGAUGUUUUUGAGGAGGACUGGUCACCGAAAUGAUGGCUAUGUUCAACAACAAAUUGGAGCCUAUCCCUGAGUAUGUUGUAAAUUUUCUACUUGUCCACUUACGAAAAAUAAAUAAGCUAUAUCAUUAAUUGUACUUAUCACUGUAGGAGAUGUGUUAUUGUUGGGUCUGGAUCAACUAAACAGCCUAUUUCUCAUUGACCGAUCUAUACACACAAACACAUAUACUCAUAUACACACCUUACACAUCAUUACACCACAUAGCUCACUAGUAUUUGCGCGGCGAACCUAACCACUGCUAGUUGAACUAUAACACUAUUACACAUAAAACAUACAGGUCGGUUGGUGUUUGAUAUGGUGCGUGUUAACAUUUUAUUGCUGGGAUACGCAGCGCUUACCAUUUUCCCCAUGAAACUGUUGAAGAAGUUAAGAAAUAAAUAAUAUUUUAUAUAAUAACCUUAAGAUCUACUUAAUACACAUAAUGUUAUUUAAAAUAAAUGUAUUACUUUUUAUAGAAAACAUCAAUGCGUUGAAGAGUUCAAACAGUGAAGAAACUGAAAAAUUCUCAAAUAUUUUUAUUUCACUAUCUGAUGUUAUAAAUCGCAAAUACCGCAUAUAUCCAGCGAGGGCAUCUGAAGCAGUAAUAAAGAUAAGUUUGUUCAACUAUAUUAAUAAACAAUAAUUUUACUUGUUGCUUCCUAACACCACAUUGUUAUAUCUCACUAUAGGUAUCUUGUUAAUUAUGUUUUAGAGAAAACCAUUUUUUGGCUCAAUGAUUGGGAAAUCAAUGUUAUAUGGGUUUUGUGUCGCUAUGGAUUCAACAAAUUAUUUAUCGCAAACGUGUGGUUUUAAAUAUGUCAACAAAAAAAGAUGAACCAAAAUUCUUUGGAGCAAUCUUACGGUACACUAUGCCAACCUACAUCCUUCUUGCAAGUUUACAGACUACCUACUGCUGGUUUAUUUAACAAUAAAGGCGCCUAAGACGAGAAACUUCCAAAUUCUUAAAAUAUUAUGUUACAAUGAGGAUGAAACAAUGUAUAUUAGUACAAAACAAAAAAGCUGUUGGUUGCUGUAAACAUCAUCUAACUAUUCAAGAACUAUAUUUCUGUUGAAUUAUUUUAUUUAGUAAAACGUUAAACAUUUUUUCAAAAAUAUAAUAGUUAUUAAGAGAAAAAUUGUA